UUGACAAAAAGUGGCUCUGUUCUGAGGAAAAAAACAACCUUCUCAGUUCUCAUCACUCAUCAGCUUACAUGUAAUAUCCUAAAUUCACAGCAAAAACCCUAAUUCGUUGUACGAGAGCCGGAGCAGGAGCGGCAUUCUUCGGUCCUAGCGAAGAUGAAGUUUAACAUUGCAAAUCCCACUACUGGGUGCCAGAAAAAGCUCGAAAUCGACGACGAUGCCAAACUCCGAGCAUUUUGGGACAAGAGGAUCUCCCAAGAAGUUAAUGGAGAUGCGCUUGGUGAAGAGUUUAAGGGUUAUGUUUUUAAAAUAAUGGGUGGUUGUGACAAGCAAGGUUUUCCAAUGAAGCAAGGUGUUUUGACCACUGGUCGUGUUCGCCUUUUGCUCCACAGAGGUACUCCUUGUUUCCGUGGUUAUGGUAGGAGGAAUGGUGAGAGAAGGAGGAAAUCUGUCCGAGGUUGCAUUGUUAAUCCAGACCUCUCUGUUUUGAAUUUGGUGAUUGUGAAGAAGGGUGAGAAUGAUCUACCUGGUCUGACAGAUAUUGACAAGCCAAGAAUGCGAGGUCCGAAAAGGGCAUCUAAGAUCCGGAAACUCUUCAAUCUCUCCAAGGAUGAUGAUGUUCGGAAGUAUGUCAACACAUACCGCAGAACCUUCACCAAUAAGGCCGGUAAGAAAUGUAGUAAAGCCCCGAAAAUCCAGAGGCUGGUAACCCCCUUCACUCUCCAAAGGAAGCGAGGAAGGAUUGCUGAAAAGAAAAAGAGAAUUGCCAAAGCCAAGUCUGAAGCAGCCGAGUAUCAGAAGCUUCUGGCAUCACGUUUGAAAGAACAACGUGAACGGCGCAGUGAGAGCCUAGCCAAGAGAAGAUCCAAGCUCUCUGGUGCCUCCAAGCCCUCUAUUGGUGCUUGAUCUAGUUCUCUAAAAAUUUUGUCCGAGUUAGUUGAACAUUGAGCAUUCCUGGACAUGAUCAGUCCAUAGAUUAGGGAAAUAUUGGUUGUUACUAUCAUUGAGAGUUGGUUUGAUCAUUUACUUCAAUUUUGGGUUCGCUGGACAUCUUGUAACAUUUGAAUAUUUUUUAAGUUAGUAGACUCAUACCACACAGAACUGGGUUAGAUUUGUUACAAAAUUUCCCUGUUGAAUUAGUGUUCUUAGAAAUUUGAAAAUCAUGUGUCUAAA